AUGGCCAGAUUGGCAUUGAUGCAAGGCAUGGAUGCAGGCUUGAUUUCGCAUGUUCAUCAGGUCGGAGAGUUGCGCUUUCAGGAGACCAGCAAUGAUCACGGAAUGAGGUGCAGCCGAGAGCGUGAGGUCAGCAUGAGGCCUGCGAUGAGUACUCCGGCAGUUGAAGUCAUUGUGCACUGUAUGGCAUCGAUGAUCUUGGUGGUGCCUCACAUGAUCAUAGCGCAAGGCAGGGUUAGAAGUUAG